AUGUUGAAAUACAGUAUACUGCUGGUGUUUGUUACUGUCGGUGUGUACUGUGACUUACUGUCGGAAGCUGGUGAUUUUUUUUCAAAACAUUUUACCGAUUUUAAAUCACUUUUUGCAAAGGAUGAAAAACAAUUACAACAAAGUGUGGAACAAGUGAAGAAUUUAUUGGCAACAGUUCAAGAUAAAAUAGCGCAAUUAAAAUCGCUAGCUAACGAAGCACAGAAGGGAACAUUGAAUAAAGUUGGUUAUCUAAUUUCUGAAAUCAACGAUUUCCAAAAAAAUGUGUUUGAUUCUAAAAUGGAAUUCAACCAAAAAGAAAAUAACUGGGAGAAUCUUGUCAAGAAAAUUUUCAUUGAUGAAGGUCUCAACAAGAUUUUACCAUUGUUGCAAAAGCUGCAAAAUAGCGCAUCAGCAACAUUUGCAACCUAUCUGCUCACUUGUAUUAUCCCCCUCUUAACCAAUGCUUUACGAGAAUAG